GCGGAUGCCAGGUUGGUUUGAUGACACGGAUACCUUUCGUUUGAUUCUGUGAUUUUCCCUGGCUUGUGACUUCGUUUUGGGAGUUCCCGCACCCAGGGCUCCAGUAAUGUGUUGAAGACAUUAUGCGCAAUACACAUACAACAAGCGACAUGUUUUUGAGACGGGCGCUGGAGAAAAUUCUCGCCGACAAGGAAACUAAGAAAUCGUACAACUCACAGCUGAGAAAGGCUUGUGAAAAUGCACUGGAUGAAAUCAAGAAAGCAACCGAAACACAACAAAUUGAGGAAGGAUCUUCCUCAGCACUGCCAUUGCCUAAAAGUAAAGUGAACUUUAUAGAAGCUGAUCGUUAUUUUCUACCAUUUGAGUUAGCAUGCCAGUCCAAAUCUGCCAGAAUUGUCAACACGGCAUUGGACUGUUUGCAGAAACUGAUAGCAUAUGGCCACCUGACUGGGAGCUCCCCGGACUCGAACGCUCCUGGUAAGAAAGUGAUUGACAGAAUUAUAGAAACAGUAUGUGGAUGUUUUGUUGGUACAUCCACGGAUGAAGGUGUACAAUUACAAAUUAUUAAGGCGUUGUUGACAGCAGUAACAUCCACUGUAUGUGAAGUACAUGAAGGUUCUUUAUUACAAGCUGUGAGGACCUGUUACAAUAUUUACCUUGCUAGCAGGAAUCUUAUCAACCAGACAACGGCUAAAGCCACCCUCACUCAGAUGCUUAAUGUUAUAUUUGCCAGAAUGGAACAGCAAGCUGUACAUGAAGCCAUGGAGAAGGAGAAAAAUGAGAUGAAAAGUGCAGAGUCACAGACUGAGGACAGCCAGAAAGAUGAAACUGACAGUGAACCUAGUGAACAACCUGAAAGCGAACUAUCUGAACCUCCUGUGAAUGGUGAUGUUUCAGAAGAAAAAGAAGCCACAGUAUCGGAUGAAGAAAAUGUGGAAGACAUUGUGAAUUCAAUAAUCACUGAGUUGGUGGAUUCUGUAGCUAAAAAUGAUGUAGCAGAAAACAAUGCAAUGCCCACAGAAAACUCUCAUUCUAAUCUACCAAAUCAGACUACAGUUGAUGAGAUGGAUGAAACGGCUGGCUCAUUGGCUGAGAAUGCCAUACCGUUCUCCUAUACGUGUAUUCUACAGAAGGAUGCAUUCUUGGUUUUCCGCUCACUCUGUAAACUUUCCAUGAAACCUUUACCAGAAGGACCAGCUGAUCCCAAAUCCCACGACCUGAGGUCUAAAGUGUUAUCUCUGCAAUUGUUGCUGUCCGUUCUACAAAACGCUGGUCCAAUCUUCAGAACCAACGAGAUGUUUAUUAACGCCAUCAAGCAGUACUUGUGUGUAGCGUUAUCUAAAAAUGGUGUGUCUUCAGUUCCUGAAGUCUUCGAGUUAUCACUAGCAAUAUUCCUAACCCUACUUAGUAACUUCAAGACGCAUCUGAAGAUGCAGAUUGAGGUAUUUUUCAAAGAAAUCUUUUUGAAUAUUCUGGAAACUGGUACAAGUUCAUUUGAACACAAAUGGAUGGUGAUCCAAGCCUUGACAAGAAUAUGUGCAGAUGCUCAAUGUGUUGUUGAUAUUUAUCUGAACUAUGACUGUGCACUGGCAUUGGCCAAUAUCUUUGAGAGAUUAGUUGGUGAUUUGUCUAAGAUAGCCCAAGGUAGACAGGCUAUAGAGUUGGGGGCUACACCACAGCAAGAAAAACGUAUGCGGAUCAAAGGGCUGGAGUGUUUGGUGUCUAUUUUAAAAUGUAUGGUCGAAUGGAGUAAAGAAUUGUAUGUUAAUCCAGCAAUGCAGACAAAUCUAGGUCAAGAAAGAACCAGAGACACGUCAGACAUGGAUGCAGACAGUGGAAAAGGUACCAUGACAAGCUAUGGCAGCGUCAACUCGCUCAGUUCCAAUCAUUCGACGAGUACAACCUCGACACCGGUCAUAUCCACUGAUAAUCCCGAACAAUUUGAAUCUUUAAAGCAGAAAAAAGAGAUUGUGGAACAGGGUAUUGAUAUGUUUAACAAAAAACCUCACAAGGGAUUGCAUUACCUACAGGAGCAAGGAAUGCUGGGAAAAUCUGCUGAAGAGGUCGCUGCUUUCUUUCAUGAUGAGGAGAGGAUAGAUCGGGUUUGCUUUACUGUAAAAAUUCCUUAUGUGUGUUGUUUAAUUUCUCAUUCUUUCUUCAUUUCUAUGUGUUGUUACCACCCCUCCUGCUCUUUUUUUAAUUUCUGCAUGUUAGUUGGAAUUUCCCAAGAGAGACGAAAACCAGCUGGUGUCGCAAGUGAGAAACAGAGGAAAUUACUCUAUAACUUGGAGAUGGAGAAUAUAGCACUUACAGCCAAGGCACUUAUGGAGAGUGUUAGUCACGUACAAUCUAACUUCACCAUGGCAACACAUCAUGAACAUGUCAGGCCUAUGUUUAAGAUUGCUUGGACACCUUUCUUGGCGGCAUUCAGCGUCGGUUUACAAGACUGUGAUGAUACUGAAGUGGCUAGUUUGUGUCUUGAUGGUAUCCGAUGUGCUAUUAGAAUUGCAUGUCUUUUUAGAAUGGAGAUUGAACGUGAUGCGUACGUACAAGCCUUGGCUAGAUUCACGUUACUGACGGCUACUGCCAGUAUCACUGAGAUGAAAUCCAAGAACAUUGACACAAUUAAAACACUGAUUACUGUGGCACAUACAGAUGGUAAUUACCUCGGUAAAUCCUGGCAUGAGAUAUUAAAAUGUAUCUCUCAGUUGGAAUUGGCACAGCUGAUAGGAACCGGUGUCAAAGCCAGAUAUAUAUCAACAGGGUCCACUACCGUUAUACCAUCUUCAUCACUAAUAGGAGGGCACCAUAAUGAUCUAUUGGAAGGGGGUGACACUACUACAUAUCAUAAGUUUGAUCAUAAGCGUAUGGCAAGUAUACAGGAGUCCAUGGGAGAGACAAGUUCACAGAGUGUUGUGGUAGCUGUAGAUCGUAUAUUCACUGGUUCUACUAGGCUGGAUGGUGACGCUAUUGUUGAUUUUGUGAAGUAUUUAUGUGCGGUAUCUAUGGAUGAGCUGCAGUCAGCAGGCGGAGCUAGAAUGUUCAGUUUGCAGAAAAUAGUAGAAAUAUCGUACUAUAAUAUGGGGCGUGUUCGUGUGCAGUGGUCCAGGAUAUGGGCCAUACUUGGUGAACAUUUUAAUAAGGUUGGUUGCCAUCCAAAUGAAGAUGUAGCAUUUUUUGCUGUGGAUUCUCUCAGACAGCUGUCUAUGAAAUUCUUGGAAAGAGGAGAAUUGACAGGUUUCAGAUUCCAGAAAGAUUUCCUUCGACCAUUUGAAUAUAUCAUGAAGAAAAACAGAUCGCCAACUAUUCGAGAUAUGGUGGUACGAUGUGUAGCUCAGAUGGUCAACUCACAGGCAGCUAAUAUCAAGUCUGGAUGGAAGAAUAUAUUUUCCGUGUUUCACCUUGCAGCCUCCGACCAGGAUGAGGGCAUUGUAGAGUUGGCAUUCCAGACGACUGGAAAGAUCAUAUCAUCUAUAUUUGAGAGGUACUUUACAGCCACUAUAGACUCAUUCCAAGACGCUGUCAAGUGCUUGUCAGAGUUCGCCUGUAACGCAGCAUUCCCUGAUACCAGUAUGGAAGCCAUCAGACUCAUACGCAACUGUGCCAGAUAUGUCAUGGAAAAACCACAGCUGUUCAGAGAUCACAGUGGGGAAGAUACAACAGUACCGGAAGAUGACCGAGUCUGGGUUCGGGGAUGGUUUCCUGUCAUGUUUGAGUUAUCAUGUAUAAUCAGUAGAUGUAAAUUAGAUGUCAGAACAAGGGGUCUGACUGUAAUGUUUGAAAUAAUGAAAACUUACGGACACACAUUCCAACAACAUUGGUGGAAGGACCUCUUCAGAAUUGUAUUCCGAAUAUUUGACAAUAUGAAGUUACCAGAACAGCAGAUGGAGAAAGCUGAAUGGAUGACAACAACGUGUAACCAUGCGCUGUAUGCCAUAGUUGAUGUGUUUUCACAGUAUUAUGACAUCUUAUCGGAUUUACUCAUGGCUAAUUUACUGACACAGUUACAUUGGUGUGUUAAACAAGAUAAUGAACAGCUUGCCAGGUCUGGUACUAAUUGUCUUGAAAACCUAGUUAUUUCCAAUGGUACCAAGUUUCAGCCAUUUAUCUGGGACAAAGUGUGUCAGUGUAUGCUGGAUAUCUUCAGAACUACUAUACCACACAUGUUGUUAUCAUGGAAACCUGAUAGUCGUGAUUCUGCACCACCAACACCCACGACUGUUGAACCAGAUAGAGUGAGUAGAGACUCCCUGCCUCAAAUUGAGCAUGCCCAGGAAGCUCUUCCGCACAGCCCAACUAAAAUCUCACCCUCUGUGAGUCCGGAGAAGAAAACCAACCUAACACGACAGGGAAGUAAAGAAAGUGUUGCUAGUGUAGCUAGCAUGGAUAGCAGGGACUGCCUAAGAAAAUACCAAGUAAAAACUGCUGCAGAUCAGAGACUCUUUUCAGCUCUUCUUAUAAAAUGUGUUGUUCAGCUGGAGCUUAUCCAAACUAUCGACAAUAUAGUGUUUUUCCCUGCCACCAGUAGACAUGAAGAUGCUGAGAACAUCAGAGCAGCACAGGUGAGUCCAGUCCAGUCCAGUCCAGUCCAGUCGUAAUAUACAUUUCAAGGUGUGUACCGUUUUUAAAGUUUUCAACAAUCUUUUUCACUGUGAGAUCCUGUGUUAUGUGUGAAAUCAAACAUAAAAACAAGACAAACAAAUUAUUUUCAGUGUUGUAUUUUAAUGUAUACUGUUUUUAUUUUAGGAUUCAAAGGGAAAUCAAAGCCAAACUUAUUAAAACAGGAGACAAAUAGUUUAGCAUGUCUUUUGAGGAUACUGUUUAGAAUGUAUAUGGAUACCGAUCGGCAAGAUAAGUGGCCGGAUAUUGAGGACAGAUUAAUAAGUGUCUGUAAAGAAGCUCUGGAAUACUUCUUGAAAUUAGAAUCUGAAAGUCAUCGGGAAGCCUGGAGAUCAAUCUUGUUACUGUUUCUUACAAAAGUUAUAAAACUUAGCGACCAGAGGUUCAAAUCGCAUGCUGCAACAUACUACCCGCUUCUCUGCGAAGCCAUGGUUUUUGACUUGAAGACAGAAUUACGGCACAUACUUCGAAAGUUUUUCCUCCGGACAGGAAAGGUCUUUGACGUUACUGCCUUGCAUUAACAACUAAUUUUCACAAAUAAUUUAUUUUGCAAUUCUCGUCUUGGUGUGUAAAUAUUGUCUGAAUAUUGAUCCAAUUUUGAAGAAAACAGGUUUGUGGUGUUUUGUAGUUGAUUAUAUGAUAUACCUCAGUCACAAUAAAUGCAGGCAUUGUUUUUUACACACAAAAUAAAUAAGCGUACAUUUUGUCUAUGGUCAUGCUGUCAACUGUUGUUCCAUUUCACAUUUAGACGUGAUCCAAAAUGUCACUUAUGAACUAAAUCCCUACAAAUGUAACAAUACAUGUUGUCACUCUCAAAGUCAUCACUUUCUUGUUCGAUUCUGUGCUAAUCAAAUCUAAUUUUGUCUCUGAACGAUUAUCACAGCGCCAAAAUAUUUUGCUGAUAUGUUUUGAUUGCAUCAUAUAUCCGACAAAGUCAAAUCAGUUGUGAUGACCCCUUUAAAGUCACAAUAAGUAUGAAAUUGUCAAAUUUGUCUAAAUUAGAAAGAAAUUAUUUUUGAUGAUGACUUGAGAGAUUGUUGUGAGAAAGAAUUAAAACACUGACUGUGAACUUAAUUGUCAUCACUAUCCAUUUUACUUGAUUUGACGAUUUAAUGGCUUUCAUGAGAAUGAUAUUUUGUGACCCCUGGUUUUAACUUUGAACACCAACAUUUGUAUGUAACAUCUUGAGUGUAAUUUUCAACAAUUUCUUUUUUUUAUUUUUCGGACCAAAUCAACAUUUGACCUUGGCAUUCAGAGUAAAAUCUUCACCGCUAUGACGUAUUGGGAUUUUUUUUUCUGACUCGCAUAAUUUGUCUCUUUCGAAAUCACAGUUGACAGUAAAUUCCAUACUGCUGAUUGGUCAGAAUUAUGAGCAGGCUAAUUAUAAGCAAAUAAAGAGACAAGCUAUUUAUAGCCAAGAAUAAUCACACCAUACAGAUUUCUCGCUACACAAAUGAGCUAUGUAGU